CACAAAAAUCAGCCCCACACCAACAGCAAACAAACACCAAUGAAGUCUGUUUCCCGUACCUUAAUAACAUUAACCACUGCUCUAUCCCACCGUUCCAUAAACCCUAACCCCAAAACCCUCAUUUCCGCCACCACCGCCACCGUCUCUCUCCGGCUGAACUCAACCACCAUACUCACACAACAACCUACUCACCGUAACCAUUCGUUCGCGUCAAUGGCAGCCGGCGACUCAUCCCCUACCUCCGCCGCUGUCGAGAAGCAAUUUGACGAGUUCCGCCACCGUCUAGAAGAAUCUGGAAGCUUACGUGACCGAAUCAGAGCCGUUGCGACGCAGAUUGAGUCGACGACGAGGAUGAUGCACUCUAGCCUUCUUCUUAUUCAUCAAUCUCGCCCUAUUCAAGAGGUUCUAGAGAAGGCGAAUACGCAGAUUGAUGUGCUGAAGGAGCUUUUUAGUCAACUUGCGGAAAUUGUUCGUGAACGCCCAGGGGAAUACUAUAGGUAUCAUGGUGAUUGGAGGACCGAGGCGCAGCAGGUGGUCUCUCUGUUUGCUUUUAUGCAUUGGCUAGAAACAGGAGAGCUUCUAAUACACACCGAAGUGGAGGAGAAGUUAGGGUUGAAUGCUUCAGAAUUUGGUCUUGAUGUUGAAGACUAUCUUAUUGGCAUUUGUUUCAUGUCCAAUGAACUGCCUAGGUAUGUAGUGAACCAAGUGACAGCUGGCGAUUAUGACUGUCCCAGAAAGGUCUUAAAGUUUUUAACCGACCUCCAUGCAUCAUUCCGUUUGCUUAAUCUCAGGAAUGAUUUCUUGCGCAAAAAGUUUGAUGGAAUGAAGUAUGAUUUGAGAAGAGUUGAAGAGGUGUACUACGAUGUGAAAAUUCGUGGGUUGGCGUCUACGGGUGACGGUAAAGGAGAGCAAACUGUACAAGAAGCUUAGCGUGUAAGUGUGUUACAGGGUCGAAUUCGGGUAACGCUCAUCUUUUGUUUCAGUUCCUGUAAAGCUUACUCGUGAACUUGGUUCUUUUGGAAAGUCAUGUAGAUGGUGCUAAUCGCUUCUAGGCAAUUUUAUGACAUCUUGAAUUGCAUCUUCUAACUUUCAAAUUCAACGGUUGUCUAGUCGACAAUGGAAAUUUUU